UCAACCACAACAACAGAUCCAAGUGAAGGAUAGCAAGCUCCCGGUGUAGCAGAUCUGAAGUCUGCAGUAACUUUCAUCUUUACCGAUCUGACUGGUCUACAGAGAAGGACCGUCAGUCCACCAUGGCAGACAUCAAGAACUUUCUGUAUGCCUGGUGUGGAAAGAAGAAGCUGACUCCCAGCUAUGACAUCCGAGCUGCAGGCAACAAAAACAGACAGAAAUUUAUGUGUGAGGUUCGUGUUGAUGGCUUCAGCUACAUCGGGAUGGGAAACUCCACCAACAAGAAGGAUGCCCAGACCAACGCUGCCAGGGACUUUGUGAACUACCUGGUUCGAGUUGGGGAAAUGAAUCCAGCAGAGGUCCCAGCUAUGGGGGUGAGCGCUCCAGGUGGUGACCAGCCUGAUGGAGGAGGCGGGGAAGAACACUGUGACGGCUUUGGAAACCUCCCAUCUGGCGGCCCCCUACCCCCUCACCUUGUAGUGAAAAAAGAGCAAGAGGGCAGCAGCGGUGGGCCAGUUCCAGGAGUGACUGGACUUGGUUACUCAGGAGGAGGGAACUCUGGAUUAGUAGGAGGAGGAGCUCAGUGGGACCGAGGAGCCAACCUGAAAGAGUACUAUGCCAAGAGAGACGAACAGGAGGCACAGGCGACUCUGGAGUCGGAGGAGGUGGACCUGAAUGCUAAUCUCCAUGGUAACUGGACACUGGAGAACGCCAAGGCCCGUCUAAACCAGUUCUUCCAGAAGGAGAAAACCAGCACGGAGUAUAAAUACAGCCAAGUGGGACCAGACCACAACAGGAGUUUCAUAGCGGAGAUGCAGCUGUUUGUGAAACAGCUCGGCAGAAGGAUUACGGCUCGAGAGCACGGCUCCAACAAGAAGCUGGCGGCCCAGUCAUGCGCCCUGUCUCUGGUCCGACAGCUGUAUCACCUGGGGGUCAUUGAGGCAUACUCUGGAGUCACCAAGAAGAAGGAAGGAGAAACUCUGGAGGCCUUCGAGGUCCAUGUUUCUCCAGAGCUGCAGCAGCAGCUGGCCGGUGUCGUCCAGGAGCUCGGAGUCCACAUCCCCCCGUCUCCUGCAGAUCCCAGCAGUUCGGUGUCUCUGAUCCAGGGGAAGAUGGCGACAUUUGAGCCAUCCCAGCGUCAGAGUGGAGCUGGGGUGGUCCCCUGGUCCCCUCCACAGGUCAACUGGAACCCCUGGACCAGCAGCAAUAUUGACGAGGGGCCGCUGGCCUACUGCACCCCGGAGCAGAUCAGUGCCGACCUGCAUGAUGAGCUGAUGUACCAGCUGGAGCACGACGACAACCUGCAGAAGAUCCUGGCAGAUCGUGACCAGCUGCCCGUCAAACAGUUUGAGGAGGAGAUCAUGGCAGCUGUCAGCAACAACUCUGUGGUGAUAAUCAGAGGAGCAACGGGCUGCGGUAAAACCACUCAGGUUCCUCAGUACAUCCUGGACCGCUUUCUCAAAGGAGGCCGAGCGUCUGACUGUAACAUCGUGGUCACCCAGCCCCGACGUAUCAGCGCUGUGUCCGUGGCUGAGAGAGUCUCCUACGAGAGAGGAGAGGAUCUUGGGAAAAGCUGCGGCUAUAGCGUCCGCUUUGAGUCGGUCCUCCCUCGACCCCACGCCAGCAUCCUCUUCUGCACCGUUGGUGUUUUGCUGCGGAAACUUGAAGCAGGAAUCAGAGGGAUUAGCCACGUUAUCGUUGACGAGAUCCACGAGAGAGACAUCAACACCGACUUCCUGAUGGUGGUCCUCAGGGACGUGGUCCAGGCCUACCCAGAGGUCCGCAUCAUCCUCAUGUCGGCCACCAUCGAUACCACCAUGUUCAGAGAGUACUUCUUCAACUGUCCCGUCAUCGAGGUGUUCGGACGCACCUUCCCUGUUCAAGAGUAUUUCCUGGAAGACUGCAUCCAGAUGACCCACUUUGUCCCUCCACCGAUGGACCGAAAGAAGAAGGAGAAAGAUGAGGAGGGAGGAGAUGACGACACCAACUGUAAUGCGAUAUGUGGCUCGGAGUACACGGUGGAGACAAAGCAGUCCAUGGCUCAGAUUAACGAGAAGGAGACGUCCUUCGAGCUGGUCGAAGCGCUCUUGAAAUACAUCGAGACGCUGCAGGUGGCUGGAGCCGUGCUCAUCUUCCUGCCUGGCUGGAACCUCAUCUACUCCAUGCAGAGACACCUGGAGACCAACCCACACUUUGGAAGUAACCGGUACCGGAUCAUGCCGCUUCACUCCCAGAUCCCCCGAGAGGAGCAGAGGAAGGUGUUUGAGCCGGUUCCUGACAACAUCAGAAAGGUGAUUCUGUCCACCAACAUCGCAGAGACGAGCAUCACCAUCAAUGAUGUCGUCUACGUCAUCGACUCCUGCAAGCAGAAAGUGAAGCUCUUCACCUCGCACAACAACAUGACCAACUAUGCCACCGUCUGGGCGUCCAAGACCAACCUGGAGCAGAGGAAAGGUCGCGCCGGCAGAGUGCGGCCCGGGUUCUGCUUCCACCUGUGUAGCCAAGCUCGGUUCGAGAAGCUGGAGACUCAUAUGACUCCAGAGAUCUUCAGGACACCGCUGCAUGAAGUUGCUCUGAGCAUCAAACUACUGAGACUUGGAGCCAUCGGACACUUCCUGUCCAAGGCCAUUGAGCCGCCGCCGCUGGACGCUGUCAUCGAGGCUGAACACACAUUGAAAGAGCUGGACGCUCUGGACACUAACGAUGAGCUGACUCCUCUGGGACGGAUUCUGGCUCGGCUGCCCAUCGAACCUCGAUUGGGGAAGAUGAUGAUCAUGGGCUGCAUCUUCAGUGUUGGAGACGCCAUGUGCACCAUCUCAGCUGCCUUCUGUUUCCCAGAGCCUUUCAUCAGCGAGGGCAAACGUCUCGGCUUUGUCCACAGAAACUUUGCUGGCAGUCGUUUCUCUGAUCACGUGGCUCUGCUGUCUGUCUUCCAGGCCUGGGAUGAUGUCAGGGUUAAUGGUGAGGAAGCAGAAAGUCGCUUCUGUGAACACAAACGCCUUAACAUGUCGACUCUGAGGAUGACCUGGGAGGCCAAAGUGCAGCUGAAGGAGAUCCUGGUCAACUCUGGAUUCCCUGAAGAGUGUCUGAUGACUCAGAUGUUCAACACGGUCGGACCGGACAACAACCUGGAUGUGGUGAUUUCUCUGCUGACCUUUGGCUCGUACCCAAAUGUCUGCUACCACAAAGAGAAGAGGAAGAUCCUGACCACCGAGGGACGCAACGCCCUCAUCCACAAAUCCUCUGUCAACUGCCCCUUCAGCAGCCAUGACAUGAGCUACCCGUCGCCGUUUUUCGUCUUCGGUGAGAAGAUUCGAACCCGAGCAAUCUCAGCCAAAGGGAUGACUCUGGUCAGUCCGCUGCAGCUGCUGCUGUUCGGCUGCAAGAAAAUCAGCUCCAACGGAGACGUGGUAGAGCUCGACGACUGGAUCAAACUGAGGAUUCCUCACGAGGUGGCGGGGGGCGUGGCAGCUCUGCGGGCCGGGUUCGAGGCUCUGGUGGUUGAAGUGACCAAGGACCCAGAGUACAUCAGACAGAUGGACGAGACCAACCAGCACCUGCUCAACAUCAUCAGACACAUCUCCAGGCCGUCAGCAGCCGGGCUCAGCAUGACGGCCGGCAGCAGCAGGAUGGGAGAUGUGAGCAGAGACCGACCGGCGCAGAGGGAGUCCGGAGCCUCGCGCCCUCGCUGCUUCCUGUAG